ACAUUACAAAAAAAACUCAUAAAAGAAGCUCUCGAAUUCCCCAUCAGUUUUUGUCCAGCUUUCCAGAGCUCCGCCGCCGAUGGAAACUCUCCGCCGAUACCUCCGCCAUCUCCUCUCCUUCUACCUAUCCCUCACGGCCACCCUUUCGCAAUACCUCUUCUCCCCCUUCCCCAAAAUCCGACGCUUCCCAGUCUUCGUCCCCAUGAUUGAAGCAUUGCUGUCCUUCUAUUUCUCAUUCUCCUGCAACCUGGUUCAAUGCAGCGUCGAUUUAGAUGAUCAGACUACCAUGCAUUUCUGGGGUCCCGCCCAUCGCAAAUUUAGCAAGCCCAAUUUGAUAAUGAUCCAUGGUUAUGGUGGAAACUCCAGAUGGCAAUUUGUUUACCAGGUGGCGCAACUAGCCGAGUCGUUCAACCUUUACAUACCCGACCUUCUCUUCUUCGGAAAAUCCCACACGAAUUGUACGAACCGUAGCGAAACUUUCCAGGCGGAAUGUGUGGUCGCCGGGUUGAAACGAUUGGGUGUUGAGAGGUGUUCAGUGUACGGUAUCAGUUACGGAGGGUACGUGGGGUAUCGAAUGGCUGAGAUUUAUUCGGAGAUGGUGGAGAAAUUGGUGAUCGUGAGUAGUGGAGUUGGGUGCACGGAGGAUCAGAAGGGGAUGCACCUGAAAAGCCUGGGAGUCGAUAUAUUGGAUUUGCUCUUGCCAGAGAAGCCGGAGGGGCUACGGCUGCUGGUGGAGAAAUCAGUUUACAGGUCAAAUCCUUUUAAGUGGGCCCCGGAUUUCAUCCUCCAGGAGUUUGUUGAUGUAAUGUACAACGCAAACAGGAAAGGGAAAAAGGAGCUGGUGGAAUAUUUGUUGGCAAAGAAAGCAGAAUGUGGAAUUCAAACUCUAUGUCAGGAAACAUUGCUUAUCUGGGGCGACAAGGAUAAGAUCUUCCCUCUGAGCUAUGCCUAUCAUUUGCAAAGCAACUUGGGCCCUAAGUGUAAGUUGGAAGUAAUUCAGGAUAUGGGACAUGCAGCAAAUAUCGACUCUCCCGAUUCCUUGAAUGCUUUGAUAAAAGGAUUUAUCUUACCCUACUGACUUUGUGGGGGAAAGAAAACGGCAAUGCAAUCAGUUAGACCCUAAAAAAUGAACAAUAUCCUUACUAAUCAUAAACCCGAGGGACAUUAGUCAAUCGGGCUUUCAACCCCCUUUAGAUGGUCGAAAGAGGGAGAAUGAAAGGCUAUCCUACUUCAUAAUCGACCUGAGUCAGGUGCUUGAGGUAAUCCUUUAGCUCUUCUGCACCUAACAAGAUAUUCGAUGGCAGCUUCUUCAGAAGGCACUCCCCUGGAUCAAAUCAUUCAAAGCUGAGAUCCUCGGAGAUAGUACGUCUGUCCAUGUGUGUGUGUGUUUUAGUUUCCUAAAAUGAAGUUGUGUUGUUGUCCAUAAUUCUGCUCUGUUUGAUGUUCCCAACCUUUUGCAAAUGAGUGGUAUCUUCCCAGAUUGAAGAAGUGGACGGUAGUUGGAUUGAAAGAUCUUCUGUUGCUCAUUAAAGUUCCCAUGUCAUAUAUCUUUAGUGACAGCUGAAAUAAUUACAAAAUCCCUCUAAAUUUCAAAA